CCGAUAUAGGGCGCCUCCGCGCUAGCGCUUCCCUUCCCUGAAAACGCUCCCUGUAUAAUGUCUGAGAAUGUCCAUUUCUGGGACGCUUAGCAGUUAUUAUGUUGACUCGAUCAUAAGUCACGAGAGUGAAGACGCGCCUCCAGCCAAGUUUCCUUCCGGCCAAUACACGAGUCCUCGCCAAGCCGGCCACGCGGAGCAUCUCGAAUUCCCCUCCUGUAGUUUCCAGCCCAAAGCUCCCGUCUUCAGCGCCUCGUGGACGCCUCUGAGCCCUCACUCAUCGGGGAGCCUCCCUUCUGUCUACCACCCGUAUAUACAACACCAGAACGUCCCGCCUUCGGAGAGCAGGUAUCUCCGCACCUGGUUGGAGCCGGUGCCCAGGAGCGAAGGGGGGCCCGGACAGCCCUUGGUGAAAGCCGAGCCGCUGCUGGGGGGCUCAGGGGAGCUCCUUAAGCAGGGCACCCCGGAGUACAAUUUAGAAACUUCGUCCGGAAGGGAAGCUAUCCUAUCUAAUCAAAGACCCGGCUACGGAGACAAUAAACUUUGUGAAGGAAGCGAAGACAAAGAGAGGCCUGAUCAAACCAACCCCUCUGCCAACUGGUUGCAUGCCCGCUCCUCCAGGAAAAAGCGAUGCCCUUACACCAAAUACCAGACGCUGGAAUUAGAGAAGGAGUUUCUAUUCAAUAUGUACCUCACCAGGGACCGUAGACACGAGGUGGCCAGACUUCUCAACUUGAGUGAGAGACAAGUCAAAAUCUGGUUUCAGAACCGACGGAUGAAAAUGAAGAAAAUGAAUAAGGAACAAGGCAAAGAAUAGACAGCUCGACCCUCCCCACCCCCUUCCCACACCCUCACUUACCCCCUCACUUCCAUCGAAUCUUAUUUAUAAGCGAUGGUCACAACACGAUGCUCCCAAGGUUUCAAUCAUGUAAGCGGGGAGGGGGUCCCUCUCACUCUGUCGCAGACUUUUCUAUGCCCAAAGUCUGGUUUCGCACUUCUCCUCCUCCUCCUCCUUUGGGCUCUCCAGCUUCCUAGCUGAAGAUGCUUUGGGGAACUCCAGAAUGGAGCAGUAGAAGUGGGGAUAGGGUGGGUAGUUGGUUUAGAAAGUAGAUGUAACCAGUUCAGAUCCUUUUAGCAGAUGGGAAAAUAUGUCCCAAAUCAGUCUGGCUGCCUCCUUCUCUGUCCCUGUAGUGGGUUAGGACACCAUUUUUGCUGGCCACACAGAAACCCGCCCUUGGAGACCCUUCAACACGUAAGCCCGAUAGAUGCCUGUAUUAAUACACGGGUGAAUACUGCAUGAAGCACCGACCGCACUGUUAGAACUGUGGGCUAUUCACACACAAACGUACACUGUUCAUACAAGAAACACACAUCCCUACCUAUAUACCUAUACUUAUCUGAACAAGCUUCCCUCAGAUUAAACAAACGUAAGCAUAGAGACAUAAAAUUACACUUAAGCUAGCAGGAUCUCCAUCCAGGAUACAGCUCCACAAAAGGGUCUGGUGCAACCCCUGCCUCUUCGCCCCCCCUCCCCAUACAUACAUGGUGUUGUUCUUAGAAUCUUAGAGAAGACUCAUUCGCUCCAUACUUGCUCACAGAUGAUCCACUCGUUUAUUCGAACAAACACAUACACCCACCAAAAAACGCCGCACAGAGCUGGAAGCUGAGGUGGGGUGCGGGAAGAGCAAAGUGGGUCUUGUCCUAAUUCACUGUCUCCAAAUCCGCUACCUAACUCCCUGACAGGCUCCUGGUACCUUUAUGCUAAAGACAGGCCAAUUAUUCGCUCCUUUUUUUCCAUCUUCUUUUUCCCCCAUAUCUCCAUUUUUGUUUUUGUUCUAUGUUGCGAAAUGCCAGAUCCUGCCCUGCAGUUUUCCCAGCUCGGAGCACUUCCCGCAGGCCCUGAACCUUGGAAUAGUCCAGUCCCAACCCGGACAGACCGUCUAAUUAAUACCUUGGAGAGUAAACCCAGCUCCCUCCAUUCACUUUACUCGGCACUCUAUUCACCGAGGCAAGGCCGGGAGACUCCGACUUGUAAUUUAUUGUGAAUCGAUUCCCUCCUCACUCCCUUCCAAGAGGAGCUGUGAAUGACAAAACUGAGUUGUGCCUCCUGUAAGGACCCGCGGAGGUCUUCUCUUUUUCCUUCAUACCGCUUUGUUUCUGGCCCAACAUGUCUGCAAAAAGCCAGUAGAAUCCGUAGGCUCCCGAAGUUUCCUCUCGAAAAGGAAUGAUAGGUCCCGCUGUGUUCCAUCUCGCCCUGGAAAAAGAAUCCCGAGACUCUGUGCGCGGCGCAGAAGUCCGGACUCGGUCCCGGACUUGGGACCACCGUUGUACCAGGGCGCCUUCCCUUGGGCCUAGUCCCGGGUGGAAAGGACGAAUGGAAGUCUUCGGAGAGACAAACUGACGCUUUCUUUCCGUCCCUCCUCAGUCCCUCCCCGUACCCGCAUUCCCCAAACCACGUUUUGGAGGAACCAUCUCUCCUUGUCCCCCCGCUGCUCGGAGGGGGAACUCGCUUAGAACUUUUUGCUAUGUCGCUGGGUGUUGUAAUGUUGUGUCAGUGUUUGUGCUUUUUUGGGGGUGACCAUGCCUCCUGAUUUCG